AGUCACACUGUCACACACAGCGGCCCCUAAAAUAAUGCCAGUACUUUACUCCAGAGUGAGGUAGGAACAAGACCACAACAAAUAAAAAAGUUGGUGGUGCUGCUAGUAGUUCAUGGAAAUGAAUGCAACCUCCUCCUCAUGACGCAGUGCAUUUAGUGGCAUUGAAAACACUUGCAAGGGGUUUGGUGAGAGGAUGAGAGUGGUUUCUGCAUCUGAGCUGAGCUGCACCCCAUCUUGAAAUCAAGCUGUGUUCAUCCUGCUAGGAGCUGUAGAUUUCUAGAACUAUUUCACCCCAUUUCACUUCACCAGUGGUUUGAGCAUUGUUCUUGCUGCUGAAGGAAAAAAAAAGUGGAGUCAAAUCUUUUGUUUUUGUUGGCUUUUUUUAGCCCCUUCUUUGGUGUUGUGCUCUUUCUUUCUUUAAUUUGAGUUCUUGAUCCUGCCAAAAGCAAUAGCCCUCACCUUUUGCGGAGAGGAGAGGAGAGAGUCCAAAAAGCAAAGGUGAAUGGUGUCCUUGCAUUUCAAACCCUCAUCAAUACCUCCCCCUCCAAAGCACCAAUUUUCACCCUCCAAAAUCUGCAGUUUCUCCACCUCCAAAUCCAUUUUCAUCCUAGAAAACCUCAGAUUUCUACACCCAGAGGCUCACGGCCACAGUUCUUGAUUCAUCCAGUUCUCUAAAGAUCCAGUUUUUCCUCCCAAACUGAAGUUUUUCCGACUUGUUGAUUCUAGAACACACUAAAAUCUCCCCAUUUCCCACGCAAAUCUCGAGGUUUUCCCCAUUCCAUGCCUCAGUCCGCUCGUUGAUCCGAACCGCCACCGAAAAGCUGCGAUUUUUCCGCCUGCGAACAGCGGUUUCUCGAUCCGAGAGCUCGGGGGAGGCCCAUGCAUCUCUCGCUGUGGAAGCCGCUCUCUCACUGCGCCGCCGUCCUCCUCGCCAAGAACCACCGGCGGCGCGGCGGCGGCGGCGGGCACGGUGGCCAUGGCAGCAACGGCCACCGUGACGACCCGUCCUCCUUCCUACGGCAGCUGCGGGACGCGCUCGACGCGGCGUCGGAGGACGGUUCCCUCUGCCCGCCGCCGGACGCCACUGGCGCAGACGCGGACGCUGCCGUCUCCCGCUCUCGCUCACUCGCGCGCCUGCGCGCGCAGCGGGACUUCCUCCGCGCCACCACCCUAGCCGCUGCCGCCGGCCCGUUCCUCUCCCUCUCCGACCUCCCGCUCCUCCCCCACGCCAUCGCCACGUUCCUCGCCGUGUACCCGGACUACGCCUCCACCUCCGACGUCGACCGCCUCCGUGUGGACCAUUACUCCCACCUCGACGCCCCCGGUGCUGGCAGGGUCUGCCUAGACUACUGCGGCUUCGGCCUCUUCGACUCGGGCUGGGACUCCUCCUCCUCGUUCUUCACCUUGCAUGAGCUCAAUGCCAAUUUGAGCAACCACGCGCUCUAUGGCGGCGCCGAGCCCGGCACGGUUGAGAAUGACAUCAAGGAGCGCAUCUUGGAGUACCUGAAUGUGCCAGCAAGCGAGUAUGCGCUGGUGUUCACAGUGAGCCGAGGGUCAGCGUUCCGGCUGCUUGCUGAGUGCUACCCCUUCGAGAGCAACCGGAGGCUGCUGACCAUGUUCGACCAUGAGAGCCAAUCGGUGAACUGGAUGGCGCAGAGCGCCCGGGCAAAGGGUGCCAAGACACGCACCGCAUGGUUCCGGUGGCCCACACUGAAGCUCUGCUCGACGGAGCUGCGGAAGGAGAUCGUGGGUAAGAGGAAGGGGCGACGACGGGAUGCUGCGGUUGGUUUGUUUGUGUUCCCUGCACAGUCUCGGGUGACCGGCGCCAAGUACUCCUACCAGUGGAUGGCGCUGGCGCAGCAGAAUGGGUGGCAUGUGAUGCUUGAUGCCGGUGCACUUGGUCCCAAAGACAUGGAUUCGCUGGGGCUCUCGCUGUUCCGGCCGGACUUCAUUAUCACUUCGUUCUACAGAGUGUUUGGUGCAGACCCGACUGGGUUCGGUUGCCUUCUGAUCAAGAAGUCUGUUAUUGGGAGCUUGCAGGGGAGGAACGGGUGUAAUGCAUCGGGGAUGGUGAGGAUUGUUCCUGUGUUUCCACAGUAUCUUAGUGACUCAGUUGAUGGAUUUGAUGCAUUUGAUGGGCUUGAAGAUGACUCCGGCACUCACAAAGAUGAAAAGCCAGCAUCUAAUGCCCAGAAUGCGUCGCAGCUGCCAGCAUUUUCUGGUGUCUACACGUCUGCUCAGGUCAGAGAGACAUUUGAGAGUGAUCCUGGUCGUGACAGCAGCUCGGAUAGGGAUGGGGCGAGCACCAUAUUUGAAGAAACGGAGAGCAUCUCUAUGGGUGAGGUCAUGAGGAGUCCGGCAUUCAGUGAGGACUGCUCAUCAGAGAAUUCUUUCUGGGUUGAUGUUGGCCAAAGCCCAUUGGGGUCAGAGAAGUCUAGUCGGUUCAAGAAAGGGAAGCUAGGAUCGCCAUUACCAUCUUCUUGGUUCAAUGGAAGAAAGAGUAACAAGAGGAUGUCACCAAACUUAACUUCCAGGAUAUCGAGAAGCCCACUUUAUGAUGGUAAUGUGAUGUCCUUUGAUGCAGCUGUGCUAUCAGUCGCGCAAGAUGCAGACUGCCUCAAGGAAGACCCUGAAGAAGAAAUCUUUGAGAAUGGCCGGAGAAAUCAUUUUAGGCAGGUUAGUGAGAUCCAAGAGGAGCCAGAGGUCGAAGAGGUGGCAUGCCAACAUGCUAUGAACGGUGGUGCAGAGCACAAAGAAAGUGCGAUAAGGAGGGAGACUGAGGGGGAAUUCCGGCUGCUGGGAGGGAGGGAUGGCAACUGCAGAUUUACCGGGGGCCGACUCUUCGGUGUUGAAGACAUAGACGGAGCUUUAAGCAUGGGGAGUAGAGUUUCAUUCAGCAUGGAGGCUAAUAUUAUUGCUGACAGGCUAAAUCGGGCCUCGGAUGGUGCUGAAGCUUCUGGAUAUACAUUUCGCAAUGAUGAUGGUUGUGCAAGUGAUGGGUAUGAUGAUGCUCAGGACUGGGGCAGGAGGGAACCAGAGAUAAUUUGCAGGCACAUUGAUCAUGUUGAUAUGAUGGGGCUCAACAGAACUACUCUUAGGUUAAGAUACCUGAUCAAUUGGCUGGUCACCUCACUGUUGCAGCUGAAGUUGCCAGACUCAAAAGGUGGCGAUGGAGUCUCUCUUGUCCAUAUUUAUGGUCCAAAAAUAAAGUAUGAAAGGGGAGCAGCUGUUGCUUUCAAUGUGAAGCAAAGUGAUGGAGCAUUUGUUAAUGCCGAAGUUGUUCAGAAGAUUGCUGAGAGAAAUGGCAUCUCUAUUGGCAUUGGUUUUCUCAGUCAUAUAAAGGUAGAUAUGAACCAUAAACAGUUAAAUGGGGCACUAGAUAUACCUGAGGCUUCAUUUUACAAGAAUGGUCGCAGAGACAAUAAAAAGGUGACUGUAAGAAUUGAAGUUGUGACUGCUUCACUUGGCUUCCUUACUAACUUUGAAGAUGUUUACAAGAUGUGGGCUUUUGUUGCCAAGUUUCUAGAUCCUUCAUUUCUGGAAAGUGAACGCCUCACUAUUGCUGCUGAUUGCUCAGAAGGACAAACUUGAGAGCAUGACAUGUAACUUAGCAACAACAACAAAGGAGAAGAAGGUGAUUUUUCUCCUUUUGUUGAAGCAUAUGUUGUCUUUUAAGUUUUCGAGGGGUAAUUGGUAGUGGAUUUAGCAGAUUUGUUCAUUCUUUGCCUAGUUCCUCGAUAUAUGAGUCAUAUGACUUGUUUUUGAUUCAUGUAGAGUUUUCUGAAAUAUGUACCAGCAGCUCAUUAGUAGAGCUCUUUUCCACUGAACAAUGUUUGUAAAGUAGCUCACUGGAAAUGAAAUAGUUUGAGUGCUUUGUGGAA